AUGUGGCUUCGCGUACAUAUAUCAUUAAUCCGAGAGCUGGUCCGCACACAGUGCCUCUGUUACCAUGAAUGGCAUUCUCACGUCCAGAAAUGGUGCUUGCAGGAUUGGCGCUCACUGGAGACCGAAUUAACAAGAGAACGGGGAAUAUGGGGAGCAGAGCUUGGUUCUUCUUUGGAUAAAUUUAUGUUGGACAUGACCGAAGGGCCUUGUCGUAUACGACGAAAGCUGAUCCCAAAUGCAGCUUUCUACUAUCAGUAUCCAUAUCGCCCUCAUCUCGAUUCCCCGGAAUUGAAAGCAAUGCGUGCCAAAGUGGCAAUAUCAAGGGAUAGUAAGCUGUACUAUGAGGCAGUGAAGAGACGGCGUGCGAGGAUGCUGGACCAGAGAAUUAUUGAUAUGUCGGCGACAGUCAGUUCAUCGAUGAUACGCCGCGUGUCGAUUAAGCAUGCAGAAAGUCGAGAUAGUGAUGAGGCAGUAAAUGAAAAAGAUACGAAUGAUGGGGAAGAGGAAAAUGUCGAGGAAAAUGGUGUUGACGAUGAACAAGGCACUGAACAGCACGCCGAAAAUGAAACGAGGAAUAGUAUUCAGGAGAGAGAAGAGGUAGCUGGAAAGACGAAAUACGGAAGUGUCGAGCGGAAACGAGGACCGGACAAUCAGACUUUACUGAGACUCCUUGAACAGGGCGAGCAGCUGCACUCCAUGUUCCGUUGUGCUCGAGUGCAAGGUCUGGACACCAGUGAAGGCCUUUUACUUUUCGGACGAAAGCAUUAUUACGUUGUUGAUGGAUUCACACUGCUUAAGACGAGGGAAAUCAGAGAUUUGGAUUUCCUCCCUCAAGAGCUGCAUGAUCCAAUUGUACCAUAUAUGGCUUGUGGUACAACUCAUCCUGUACGACGCACUCGGCUCUGUAGCAAAUUCUCUUAUAACGAUAUUCGUGAAGUGCAUCGUCGACGCUAUCUUUUGCAGCCUAUCGCCAUUGAAGUGUUCUCAGCAGAUGGCCGCAACUAUCUGUUGGCCUUUCCAAGGCGUAUGCGCAAUCGAGUUUAUCAAAAGUUUGUGUCGUUAGCAAGGCUGCUGAAAGACAACGGAUCUGAAUCGGUAGGCGGACAAAGACCAACUGCACCAGUCGAGCAGACCAGUCGUCAGCAGUCCGUCACACAGCGCUGGGUCCGAGGUGAAAUAAGCAAUUUCCAGUAUCUGAUGCACUUAAAUACUCUGGCAGGCCGGUCAUACAAUGACCUCUCGCAGUACCCGGUGUUUCCUUGGAUUCUGCGUGACUACGAAUCGGAGGAAUUGGAUCUGACAGAUGCACGUUUUUUCCGUGAUUUGAGUAAACCGAUGGGAGCACAAAAUUCGGAUCGUUUAGAGCAAUUCCUGAAGCGCUAUCGGGAAUGGGAUGAUCCAACGGGUGAAACACCAGCAUACAUGUAUGGCACUCAUUACAGCAGUGCCAUGAUUGUUGUUUCGUACCUUGUACGAUUAGAGCCUUUCACGCAACAAUUUCUGAAACUCCAGGGUGGCCAUUUUGAUUUAGCUGAUCGAAUGUUCCACAGCGUCGGUGAUGCCUGGCUUAGUGCAAGUCGAAACAACAUGGCAGAUGUUAAAGAACUGAUCCCAGAGUUUUUCUCCCUUCCCGAAAUGUUUUUAAAUUCGAAUAAUUUCGAUUUUGGCGUGAAACAGAAUGGUGUGGCGCUUGGUGAUGUUGUGCUUCCACCCUGGGCAAAAGGCGAUGCCAGGGAAUUUGUUCGUGUACAUCGCCAGGCGCUUGAAUGCGAUUAUGUGUCAGGAAAUUUGCAUAAUUGGAUAGACUUGAUUUUUGGCUAUAAACAACGGGGUGAUGCAGCUAUUGAGGCCAACAACGUUUAUCAUCAUCUGUUUUACGAGGGCAAUGUGGAUUUUGAAAACAUUGAAGACCCACUAACGAGAAAUGCUACGAUUGGAUUUAUAAACAACUUUGGGCAGAUACCAUCGCAAUUGUUUAAGAAGCCUCAUCCACAGAAGAAAGUUGCAUAUACGAACGUAUAUUCAUCUACACCGGGAGUUACAACACAGCGACUUUUUUAUCAUUCAUUUGACUCCCUGAAAGUUCCUACACAGCCCCUCAAAGGUCCGCUGUUAAAAAAAAAGCUGUUCUUACAAGUGUUAAAUUUAGAAUUGAAAUCAGCUGUUGGAUCUUUGAUAGCUUAUGAAAAGGGCGGUGUGCUUGCAUUGGAAGCAAACCGCUCCCUCAUUUUACCAAAUCGAUAUAUAUCAUGGGGAUUUCCUGACAGAAGUAUUAGGAUUGGCACUAUUGACAGUGAACGG